GUUUCCAAGUUAUAUAGUUAAUAUUUAAAAAAUGUCAAGACUAUCCAUUUUACCCCAUCCUCCCCUAUAGAGCUACUUUACAAAAAAAGUUAAAAAAUUGCCAAGUGUGUAACGACCUUUAAAUCAACCCAAACCCACCAUCUGGUCACGUGACUCACCGGCAGAACCAGAAGCAAAACGACGGAGGCACGAAUCACGUAGGCGCCGGGUGAGUAUCAGUGAAUAUUAUAUCUCAGCCAAAGCCUCUUCCCUUCUCUCCCCUUCACGCCUCUUUUCCAUUCGCCUCGUUAUCUAGCCACGUGAACCACGACGAAAUCGCGCCCUUCCCGCUCUCCGGCAUCUCGAAACAGUUAAAAUAUCAAGUACACACAGAGUAAAAAGAGACACGCAUGGAAUAGGUCGGUUUCGUGAUACUGUUCGGAGUGAAAAUUUUUAAAAUCCAUCAGUCGAGACUUUUGACAGUGCUUGGGGGGGGGCUAGAAUGACUCUCGAGGCGAUCAAAUGGGAGAAUGGUAAGCUGGAGAUACUGGAUCAGAUACUUCUACCAGCGAUAACUAGAUAUGUGCCGGUGAGGGGAGUCGAGGAUGGGUGGAAGGUCAUCAAUAAAAUGCAGGUGCGUGGAGCCCCUGCAAUUGCUAUUGUCGGCUGCCUCAGCCUGGGUGUUGAGCUCCAGAAUGAGCAAUACCCGGAUAAAAGGACACUGAGACGAGAGAUCGAAGGGAAGCUCAAUUAUCUUGUCUCUGCGAGGCCCACUGCUGUCAACAUAAAAAUAGCAGCUGAGGAGCUUAUCGAACUCGCCAACAAACUGGGCAAGGACGACAGCAUCACUAUCAGUCAGAUGAACGAACAGUUUCUCAGGAAGAUCGACUCGAUGCUGGAGAAGGAUAUCGCUGAUAACAAGGCUAUUGGGGACUUUGGGGCUGAGGAGAUUCUCAAGAAUAUUCCGGAGGAGAAUCUGGUCAGGGUGGUCACUCACUGCAAUACUGGCUCGCUGGCCACUGCUGGGUAUGGCACUGCGCUUGGGGUUGUCAGGUCUCUACACGAAAAGAGAAGACUUGAGCACGUCUAUUGCACUGAAACUCGACCCUACAAUCAGGGAGCAAGAUUAACUGCCUACGAGCUAGUUCACGAUAAAAUACCAGGUACCCUCAUCUGUGAUGACAUGGUGGCUGCCUUGAUGAAGUCCAGGACGAUAUCAGCUGUUGUCGUAGGGGCUGACAGGGUCGCUGCCAACGGAGACACUGCCAAUAAAAUUGGAACAUAUCAAAUUGCAAUUAUCGCCAAGCAUCAUGGAGUCCCAUUUUACGUAGCAGCCCCCCAGACCUCAAUCGACUUCAGAAUUCCUGGUGGUGAUCACAUACCCAUCGAGGAGAGGCCAGACAGGGAAAUGACUCACUUGAAUGACCAGAGAAUUGCAGCUGCUGGAAUACAAUGCUGGAAUCCAUCUUUCGACGUGACACCAGCAAGCCUCAUCACUGGUAUCAUCACUGAAGUCGGUGUCUUCAGGCCUGAAGACCUCACGAAACUUCAGUCCGUGAAUUCUUAAUUCAUUUUCCUAAUUAAAUACUUAAUGGAACUGUGCAAAAAUAUUUUUCAAUCAAUUAACUCAGUUUCAUGAUGAGUUUAUUGUAAAUGUCUGUGAAUUGAAGGAGGCUGAGAAAUUUUCUUUAAAUUUUUUUGUUCUGGAGCAAAAUUAUUGCUGAAAAAUCAUGCAUGGAGAAUUCUCUGUCACCUUAAGUCUCAGAUAUUCAACAUAAUUAAUUCUGCAAUUGUCUUAAGAAAUAAUAUUUUAGAGAAAUUCCUGGGAAAAUUCUCCGCAUAAAAUGGCCUCUAACUUUUCCCAAGUUAUUUUCAUAUUCGAUGGAAUAUUAAAAAUUGCUUUGGAGAACUGGUAAAACGUAAUUAAUUGUCGAACUUAACAUUUCGAAAUUUUUUUCAAUCAACUCAAUUUCAUGCCGAGGUUAUUAUAAAAAUCUGUGAAUUGAAGAAGACUGAGAAAUUGUCUUCAGAAUAAUUUUUUUUCUGGAGAAAGCGUAUUACUGAAAAUUAAUAGAAGUUAAUUAACUAGAAAAUAAAUUACUGUCCUCUCAAUUCCCAGAUAGUCAACAAAAUUAAUUAAUAAAUUGUGCAAUUUUCUUAAAACUAAUUAUUUCAGAAGACAAUGUCAUCAUUUUUUUCUAGUAGCUGGGAAACUCUCUAAAUAAAAUGUCUUUUGACACUUUCUCAAGAUUUUUUCACAUUUCAUAGAAUAUUAAAAGUUGAUUUGGUCUACUUUUACCACUUCACUAUUAAUUAAUCUUCUGUUAUUUCUCGAUCCUCAGUUCUCAUAGGGACUAAUAUUUUCUCAGCAUUCGCACUUUUGAUACUCCUGAACAAUCUUUCAUUGCACUAACCCCACUAAUUAAAUAAAUACGAGGAUAUUUUCUAUAAAUAUUUGCCCUGCAUUCAGAAUGAAAAUACGAGGAAUGAGGAAUUAAUGUAUUAAACAGCUCAAUAAUAUGUAAACGUUCGCAGCAGAAGGCUCGAAUGUGCCAUUAUACUGUAUUAACCCCUCACGUACGGGCUCGGUAUGUCAUACCGACCCCUGCAAAAACGCAUGGCUCUUUUCAAAAUUGAAUAUUUCCGAAACUAUGGCAGAUAAUACAAUCGGACUAAUACCAUUGGGAAGGUGAAUACUGUAGCUUCAAUUAUAUAUUUUAUUUAUAAUUUUUCAUUCAUCAGAAAAUAUGGGAUGCGAAGAAUAUUGAGCGUGUUGUAGACUUGGUAGCAGAAAGGCCCCGUACGUGAGGGGUUAAUAGAACUGUGUUAAUAGAAGGAUCUUUUGUAAUGGAGGGUUGAAGAGAGUGGAAGCAUUCCUUUGUAAAUUCAAUUCCUUUUGAUAAAUUAUUUAAGAAUGUUUAGAAACGCUUUACACGAAGUUCGAUGUUAUAUUUUUAUAAUUGUACCACGUCUAAAAACAAAUUCAGAAUAUAUAAAUGUUGUUAUAAAUAAACAACCGUACAAAAUUAUACAUUA